AGCGAGUCGAGUAGCGGGGGCCAGCGAGUCACAGGUCGGCAGCGGAAAAGCAAAGGGACUUGUUUCAAUUAUUGGUCGGAGGGAACCCGUGAUUAAUCAAUCAAUCAAUCGUAGCUUAAUUCCUGAUUUUCCGAUCAGAAUCGUCUGAAUUUCAGUAGAGAGGUAAGGCUGAGGUGGAAUGGAUUUGAGCGAGCUGUUGGCAAUCUUCGGACCAGGCGUCUCCGGCGCGGUGUUCGGCACAGGUUGGUGGUUCUGGGUGGAUGCAGUUGUUUGCAGCUCCGUCAAGAUCCCCUUCGUCCACUAUCUCCCAGGGAUUUUUGCAUCUUUGGCUGCUCUGAUGUUUAAUUGUGUGAGGAAAGAGGAUAUUGAUUACUCGCCUUAUGAAGAGGGUGAGUGGAGGUUGAAACUCUGGCUUUUCAUUGCAUAUGUUGUGUCCUUUGUCUCAUUGGCUGCUUCGGUCGGUCUAUUGAUACAAGAUGCAUUGGUAGAAUCUGGUCCUUCAGCAUGGACAGGAGUUGCAGGAGUUCUGCAAUGUGUAUUUGUUCUAAUCAGUGGCCUGAUUUAUUGGAUUUCUCAUUCAGAAUAGCCUGGCAUGUGCAACAGUCUGCUGCUGGUAACCUGUGAUUACUUGUUCCGCCCAAUUGUGUGUUGUGUUUUUCUCACUUUGCUGUUGCAGGAUGGCAAUUGCCUCCACCUGUUUAUUAAUGUGAACAAGUUAAAGAAGCAAAUCAAGUGGGUGUGAAUUUCUUUUGGAGGAGAAGAAUCAUCGAGUUGAUGUAAAUUAUAAGACAAGGUUUUUAACUCAUUGAUGAACACAUUUCCGCCAGUGACUUUAUUUGUAUCUUCAUUUAAAUGGGAGGCCUUAGUCAGAAAUGACUAUUUUCUACCA